AUGGCAGACCUGUGGAAGCCUUUGCUUCUGUUGUUGGCGUGGAGUCCUCUGAGUUUCUCCUCCACAGUCAGCUUCACUGGUUCACCACAGGAAUGUGAAAAGGCUCACUGUGUCCCAGGGUACAACCUGGGUGGGGAAGGCUUCGACAUCGUCACCAUGGAGAGAAAAGGUGCCUAUGUCAUCGACACCGAAACGUGGAACCUCGGAAAUGGCACCUGCAGAAUGUACAGCAACAGCUACAUGAGAGGAGAGAAACAGAAGGUCCCAGUUGCUGUGGUGGACUGGAGAAACCUCCCCAAGUGCACCAUGACAGUCUCCAGUAUGCUGUAUGAUUCUGUCGAAACGCUCGUCAAUGAUUCCACAUCGUCUGUGUCCAACGACUGGAAAAUUGGUCUAGAUAUUCCAGUGGAUCCUUCAGCGAGUGUCGGGGUUGGUUUCGGAGGUUCCCACUCCAAGGCAGCAAAGUUUGGGAUGAAGAAGUCCAAAGAAGACCGCUACAGCUUUGUUCACCAUUCUGUGGACUGUAACUUCUAUCGUUACAGAAUGACAACAAACCCUCCCCCGAGUCAUGACUUCCUGUCAGCUGUGAACUCACUUCCUCCUUAUUCUGCUGCAAAGGCGCCACUGUAUCGUGAUCUGAUUGACACAUUUGGGACACAUUACAUCACACAGGUGUCUCUAGGGGGAGCAAUAAAAGCAACAACUUCUUUCAAGACCUGCUUGGCAUCCAUGAGUGGUCUGACAGCAACAGAUGUCGGCGAUUGUUUGUCAGUUGAAGCUUCGGCAAGCUUUGCAAGCAGUGCUAGCAUUAAGGCCAUGUACAAACACUGUCAGGAAAAGAAAAAGAACUUAACCUCUAGUCGAAGUUUCAGCUCUGAGUUCAGUGAGCGAUUCACAGAAGUCAUUGGUGGGGAUGAACACGACGUUCUGUUCUUUCAAGAUGAUUCAAGCACCGAUGCCAACUGGCUGAACUCCCUCAAAACCACACCUGAUGUGGUCCAGUACAACCUGAAGCCCCUGCACACCAUACUGCUGAACGGCCAUCGAGCUCGUUGUGGACUGCAACGUGAAGUGGAGCGGUACAUCAAGAAGAACGCAGUGCUGAAGAAAUGUUCCGAAUCCUGUCAGAUCGGGCACAGGUCCAACAGAAGAGAUCCGUGUGCCUGUGUGUGCAACAGUAACCAGAACAUCAAGUCCAACUGCUGCCCUGCUGGGAAAGGUCUUGCAACGUUGAAGGUGUUUCGGCUUUAUGCAAAGAAACUGUACGGUGAUAGAUGGACCAAGACAGACGCCUCGGUGGAGGUGAAACUUGGCGACCAGAUAAGACGCACCAACAUCAUACCCAAUAACGACAACCCAAUAUGGCAGAAAACGUUUGAGUUUGGAUCCAUCGUCAUCACCAUGUAAAACAAACUCACAUUCAGAGUUUACGAUGAGGAUAGUCAGUGGAACAGUGAUCUCCUGGGUAAGUGUUCGUUUGACCUCCGCAGAGGCCGUGUGUCAGACAGCUGCAUGUUGAAUCAUGGUACCUUCUUCUUUACGUAUGAAGUAGAGUGUGCACCGAGCCUCAGUGGAAACCAGUGUCAGGAAUACAUUCCCACUCCCAUGAGUCCGUCUUUGGCCAAAGUUUUCUACACCAGAAACGGUGUCCUGGCCGGAGAUUCAUGGAAGAAGUUUGAUAAGUCAGCCACUCGACCAACCUUUGACCAGUUGUGA